AUGAGAACCCGGCUGCUGCCGCGGGCGCUGUCGCUGCUGUCAUUGCUGUUGCUUGGCUCAGGACGGUAUGUGGCUGGAUGGGACCUCAAUGACACCUCCUCUGAGAAAGGGGAAGCAUUUUCUGGGGACCACAGGACCGGCGGACUUGACGUUUCUCCGGUUAGUGAAAUGCCUUCUGGCAGCGAACUGUCCACGGGGAUUGACUAUGAAUACUCAGAGGAGUAUGCUAGUGAGCCACAGAUAGCCAGCUACAUCGCGGAUGAUUCCGUCCGAGUGGAACAGGUAAUUAAGCCCAAGAAAAAUAGGACAGAAGGUGAAAAGGCAACAGAUAAACCCAAAAGGAAGAGAAAGGGAGGCAAAAAUGGAAAACACAGAAGAAAUAAAAAGAAGAAAAAUCCAUGUGAUAAAGAAUUUCAAAAUUUCUGCAUUCAUGGAGAAUGCAAAUAUAUAGACAACCUGGAAGCAGUGACUUGCAAAUGUCAUCAUGACUACUUUGGGGAGCGGUGCGGAGAAAAGUCCAUGAAGACACACAGCAUGGUUGAUGGUGACUUAUCCAAGAUCGCCCUGGCGGCCGUCGCGGCUCUUGUAUCUGCCGCGAGCUUCACAGCUAUUGCGGUUGUUAUCACAAUCCAGCUCCGGAAACGAUACUUGAGGGAAUUUGAAGGAGAAGCAGAAGAACGAAAGAAACUUCGACAAGAAAAUGGAAAUGCACACGUCGCAGUAUAGCUGAAGGCAGUACAGGUUGGAGUCCCUGCCAAGUCACAGGUUCAAAUGAUCUGGUGGUUUAAAAAUGGAAAGAAAAUGGAACCAUUGGUUCUGAAGGUUUUAGACUUUCAACUGUAUUGCUAAGUCUUACUUCUGUACAAAAAAAGAUGCAUGGAGAUAAAAAGUAUUUUUUCAAGUUGUAAAUAAGUUAUUUAAUAUUUAAGUGUUAUUUAUUUUACGGUUCAUUAAAGUUUUUUAAUCAAACAGA